AUGUAUUCAUACACUGGGAGAAUACAAAACCACAGUAUAGUAAUCACUUUGCUUCUACCUACUGGCCAGUGUCGAUUUUGGCUGUAUGACAACCACAGAGGCAGACCUCGCCGGGGCAACUCCAGGAGUAUGCAGCAGGGCUGGAACGGACUUUCCUCGGGACAGAGUAGAUGCUCACCUACAUGUAUGGAAUACUUCUUUUAAGGUAAACCAUCAUAUAAUAUCACCUGACCAGGAAACAUUAAGCUUCAUUCCAAUUUACAUCAUUAAACACUGAUUGCUUGCCAUAUAGACAUUUCUGUAUGGUUUCUGUCAAAUGUAAUUGUAGCAUGCAAGAUUGAAGAACAGUAUAACCUGCUGCUGUUUGUUUCUCACAGGCACUAAGUUCUGGAGCUCUAGUGAUUUGCAGGACUCUGAUGAGAAGUUGAUCUCGCAGGGUUUCCCGGCAUCACAGGACCACUGGACCCAGCAAUAUUUCACCACCAGCAUCGACUGGUCUAUUUCUUUAAAGGUCAUCAGGUCGGUCAUUUUGUCAGUGUGUACUGAAAUACAUAAAGAUUAG